AUGUCUGAAAUGUCAUCUGGCACCAAUAUUUUUGCACGACCAUGGGUGCGAGUUGUAGCUUUAUCUAUUGUUGUAUCAAUAUGCAUACAGACGUUAUCGAUUCUUGUGCAACGAGUUGUGGCUUCACAAUAUUUAAUUUGUAAUCUACAAUUCAUAUCCGAGUUUAUUAAACAAACCGAUUACUGUUCAACCCAUUUUACUCGUAAACGUUACGUCGGCACAACCGAAUUGGGUUAUUUUGUUGACCCGUUAUCUGUGGAGCCGUGGUACUUCAGAGAUGGUUUUAAAGAGAUCGAGAGAGCAGUGGCUCCUACGACUCAAUCAAGCGUUGUUCAAUGGGGUUGGGAGACCGAAAAGGAAGCAUUUGCAGCUUUAAAAGCUGCAGUUCAGUCGAGGACACAAGGAAAUAUGGAGAAGGCGGAACUCAUUAUUCAGCAUGCGCUUGCAUUGGCUCCUCAUCAUCCAGAUAUCUUAACCGAAUACGGUCUAGUUGUUGAAAUGGGACGGAAAAAUCUGGUACAAGCGGAAGAGUUAUAUUCACGGGCGCUGAGCUAUAAUCCGCAUCAUCCUGAAGCGUUAGUAAGACGAGCAAGAACUUUACCUAUAGUGGAAGAAAUUGACAAAGAAAUGUUGAAGAAACUUCACGAGAAGCGUUCAUAUUUUUUACGAAUACCAAAGACUAACACUGCUUUGCGAAGGGCAAUGAGAGAAUCUUAUUUUUUGCAUAUUUAUCAUACUGUAGCAAUUGAAGGCAACACCAUGUCUCUUGGUCAGACAAGGUCCAUAAUAGAAACAAGGAUGGCAGUGGCUGGAAAAAGUAUUAUGGAACAUAACGAGAUUUUGGGAAUGGACGCUGCACUGAGAUUCAUAAACCAAAGCGUUGCAUAUGUGUCGUAUUUUACUCUUCAGGACAUCCUGGACAUUCAUAGCCGUGUUCUUGGUUUUGUCGAUCCGGAUGCAGCAGGUGUAUUUCGCAAAACUCAGGUAUUUGUGGGAAGUUUCACUCCCAUUUCGGCAAACAUGAUACCUGAAGAAAUGGAAGGAAUGGUAAAAUGGUUGAAUGAAGAUGAUAGCUUGUUAUUGGAUCCCAUAGAACGUGCAGCUAUUGCUCAUUACAAGCUGGUUUCGAUACAUCCAUUCAUUGAUGGUAACGGACGUACCGCACGAUUGUUGAUGAACUUGAUUUUGAUGCAGAGCGGUUUCCCUCCUGUGAUAAUACCAGUGGAGGCCCGUUCUGAUUAUUAUGACACUCUCAAUGCCGCAAAUCGUGGAAAUCUCCGUCCAUUUAUUCGCUUUAUUGCCCAUCAAACAGAUAUCACUUUAAAAUUGUAUAUCAACUCUGUAACUACGUGUGAUUAUCAAGAAGAAUCUGGUGAAUGUACUGUACCAGUGGCUCCUAAAAUCUCAACACAACAGGAUCAUGGCGAUCCGUAA